AUGGGUGUUACAAGAUACACAAAACCCCAUUACAGAAACUCCUACGAUUACACAGACUUGCUCCAACAAUGCACAAACACCAACUCCAUCAAGAAACUCCACGCCCAGAUCAUCUUUUCCGGUCUACACCAAAACCCAUUUGUCGCUUCAAAGCUAGUAGCCAAGUACGUGGAGCAAAGCGACUCAUCAAUGGAAGACGCACGGAAGGUGUUCGAUGAAUUGACCGAGAGAGAUGAGUUCGUAUGGAACGUGGUCAUUCAGGGCUAUGCAAAUGUCGGGCCUUUUGCUGAAGCGAUUAAAAUGAGUAAUGCAAUGAGGGUCAGUGGGUUGCCCCCUAAUCGGUACACGUACCCUUUUGUGCUCAAGGCUUGUGGAGCAAUGAGAGAUGGGAAACAGGGGAAGGUUGUUCAUGGGCAGAUUGUGAAAGCUGGGCUUGAGUUGCAGGUGUUUGUGGGGAAUGCUCUUGUGGCAUUGUAUUCUAAGUGUGGGGAAGUUGAGGUGUCGAGAAGAGUGUUUGAGGAGUUGCCGAAGAAGGAUCUUGUUAGUUGGAAUUCCAUGAUUUCGGGGUAUGUUGCGAAUGGUUAUCCGAAUGAAGGUGUUGAGGUUUUUCGUGCAAUGCUGCAGGAUGAUGGUGCAUGCUUGCCUGAACAUGCCACUCUGGUCUGCGUGCUUCCGGCUUGUGUUGAAGCAUCUUCUGUUGAAGUUGGGUUUUGGAUUCACUGUUACGUUGUGAAGUACGGUGUGAAAGUUGAUUCGGCUUUGGGCAGUGCUCUCAUUACGAUGUAUGCGAAUUGUGGUCGAGUAAGAGCUUCCAGAGUUAUAUUUGAUCGGAUUAGUGAUAAGAAUGUGGUGCUGUGGAGUGCCGUGAUGAGGUGUUAUGGAAUGCAUGGGCAUGCAGAGGAGGUGCUCCAGAUGUUUUUGCAGUUUGAGGAGUCCGGCUUACAGCCUGAUGCUGUUGUGCUUUUGUGUUUGUUGUCCACUUGUAGUCACGCAGGGAUGGUUGCAAAAGGCUUGGAAAUCUUUGACAAAAUGGAAGAAUACGGAGUAGAGAAAAAUGAGAAGCACUAUGCUUGCAUUGUAGAUCUUCUGGGAAGAGCUGGAUUACUCGACAGGGCAGUCAAGUUUAUUGAAAGCAUGCCCAUACAGGCAGGGAAAGAUGUAUACGGUGCAUUACUUGGAGCUUGUAGGAUACACAAUAACAUAGAACUUGCCGAGGAAACUGCAGAGAAAUUGUUUGUGUUGGAUCCCGAAAAUGCUGGAAGGUACAUUCUUCUGGCCAGCAUGUAUGAAGAUGCAGGGCGAUGGGAGGACGCAGCUAGAGUGAGGAGGCUAAUCAGAGAGAAGAACAUCAAGAAGCCAACCGGACGUAGUUCCAUUGAGGUGGAGUGCAUAUAUCACACGUUUGGAGCUGAUGAUGAGUCUCACCCAUAUACGGACCAGAUAUUUGACACAUUGGAGAGAUUGGAUAGAAUAAUGGAAGAAGCCAUAGUAAUGGUUUAGUGGGAUUAAUAACUCUGCCUCAGGAGAGGCAAAGCAAUUGUGCUGGAUACCUUAGCUGUAGAGCCAUGUCGU